AUGACAACCACAACAACAACCCCCUACCUCGACCCCACCCCCUUCCUCUCCCCCACCUUCAACCCCUCCGCCCACGCCAACACCCUCGUCCACUCAACCAACAACCCCACCGAUACACCGUUAGACCUCACAACCCCCCUCCAGAAAACUCUCUUCGACGCUCAAGAAAUCUCCACCGCCAUCGACACGCUGACCACGACUUCCGCUCUACCAUUAAUCGCACAUACCCAACUUCGCACGGAAGCAGCGGAGCGAGUCCUUUCUGGCGUGGAAGAUGGAGUGGGAGGACUGCAGAGGAGUUAUGAGAGGUUGCAAAAGGAGGUAAUAGCACGGUGGGAGGAGGCGGAGAGAGUACGUCUGGCGGCGGAGAGGGUCGUCAAGACGUUGAGAUUGGGGAGGAAAGUGGGACGGGUCGUGGGCUUGGGGAGGACUUUGGAAGGGGAGAUGGGUGGGUUGAACAUCGCGCAGGGAGGAGGAGGAGGAAUGGUUAGAGCUGCAAGGGCGAUUGUGGAGAUUAAAGGCGAGUUCGCGGGAGAGGAAGGGAAAGACUUGACGAGAGUGCAAGUCGCGAACGCAGUCAAGACAGACGUGUUGAGCAACGCGGAGAAAAGUGUCGUCAGCAAAGCACAAAGCGUGGUGCGGGAAUGGUCGAUGAACUCCCUCCUCUCAUCCGGACAAGCACCCACCCCCGGAGCAACCGACAUGGCCAACAACCAAACCUUCGUCCAGCAAGAAUCCACCAAAUCCCGCACCCUCGCCGCUCUCCAAACCCUCUACCUCCUCUCCCCGCUCAACACCCCUUUCGAACCAACCCUCAUGCUCACCGCUCUAACAACCUACAUCCACGCCUCCCUAACCUCCUCCCUCGCCGCCCUGUCGCGCGCGCUCGCCACCCUCCCAACUCUCGACCGCACUCUUCUCGAAAUCUCCGCUCGGAGUCGGAAUCUUAUAGCCUUGGAAAACCUUCUCUCCUCUGCGAAACCACCCGCUCACCCUCUCCUGCCAUCUACAUCUACACCCGAGGGCAACCUUCUCACCCCCCUACUUUCUUCUCUUGACUCUCCCUCCUCUCUAGCGUCAUAUUUCUGGCGCUCGCUGGCCGGGCAGUUGGGUGGCAAGGUUCAAGUGAUUGUGGAUCGGGGCGGGGUGGCGGCGAGGACGUUGAGGAGUCAGAGGGAGAGGGUGAAGGACAGUGUGAGGGAGUGUGUGAUUAGAGGGUAUGGAGGGGAGGUAGGAGGGACCGCGAAGGGAGGAUGGGAGAGAGAGGUGGCGGUUAUGGUGGGGAGUUUGACGGGGGCGUUGGGGAGGUGA